UACAUCUAUUCCAACGUCCUGCUGACUAUCUUGGAUUUAACAGGACGAGGGGGUAUUUGAUUAUUAUGUUCAUUUACUAAAGAACACUUUCAUUUCAGGGCCCUUAGCAGAAUUCUAAAAUGAACCGUCUCCCGUUGUUGCUACCGAUUCUUGCCCUACUGAUGGUGAUACGUUCACCCGUAGUCCAUGGUGUAACAGUUGGAGCAGAUUUUCUGGACGUUCGCUUGGUUAAUGGAUCGAACAAUGCUUCAGGUCGAGUCGAGGUAUGGUACAACGGUACCUGGGGAACAGUAUGUGAUGAUGGAUGGGACUUGAACGACGCCAAUGUCGUAUGCAGAAUGCUUGGGUUCUUCGACGCGUCUAGUGCACCAGGCUUGGCUGCAUAUGGUGCGGGUUCUGGAAAGAUUCAUCUUGAUGAAGUUGAAUGUACUGGAUCAGAAAGCAGCCUCGAAGACUGCAUCGAGAGUGAAUUUGGAGUCCAUAAUUGUGAUCACAGCGAAGAUGCUGGGGUGACCUGUGGAGAUUCGCCAGCUUUCCAACCUCACAUUUGGAUCCCUAAAACAAGAAUUGAGAAACCUUGUUUAGUCCCAAGGAACAGAGGACCGGUUCUCCAGUUUGUGAAUGGUGAUGAGACGAGGCCAAUAACUAGCUACUAUACCCUUCCCACCUUACCCGAUGGCACCAAACUAGUUGCUAGAUGUAGAGACCCUGGAAUGUAUAGAUUGAUUGGCGAUCAAAGACGAACUUGUCAAGGAGGACAGUGGACCGGGGAAGAACCAGAAUGUCAACCUGUAAAAACACAAGUCUUAUUCUACGGCGCAUCGCAUGAGGUAGCUAGUAAUGGGACAGUCGUGGUUUACGUUCAUCGUGGAAAUCCCAGUUAUCUUGAUGUAGUCUGCUACAUCACAAGUCUAUGGUUAAGACCUCCUCGACUGACAACUCCUCUUGUGAAUGGCGGAGACUUAUGGAAUUGGCCCUGGUUUUUAACUGAUGCAAAACGGUUGAAUCCUAUCUCUACUGAUUUCUCUGGCAUAUAUACAUGCAAUGGGUCGUCAUCAUUUCACAGCGUACAUGUGCUGUUUAAAGCUGCUGAAUGUGAGGCCCCUGAGGCUCCAGAGCACGGAAGGUUACUAGAUGGCUCAAGACAGGAGCCUCGAGAUAUCUUUCCAGCCGGUACAACGGUUUCAUUCGAAUGCGAAGAUGACUACAGCUUGGUGGGAUCUAUGGAAAUCACAUGUGAAAAGGGUCAAUGGUCGGAUGAUCCUCCUGUAUGUACAGUGAGCAAGUGCCCGGUACUCAACAUACCAGACCAUGUAGUCACGGAGAGUGUCCACUUCAGCGACGGGAGGAACAUUGGAGAUGAGAGGAUCUUCAACUGUGUAGAGGGUUACGUUCUACAAGGUGAUACCAACAACCUGCGAUGCUUGGAGAGUGGGGUGUGGUCGGCUCCCUUACCCACCUGUGAAGCUGCUGAAUGUGAGGCCCUGCAGCUCCAGAGCACGGGAGGUUACUGGAUGGUUCAAGACAGCAGGCUCGAGAUAUCUUUCCAGAUGGUGCAACAGUUUCAUUCGAAUGCGAAGAUGACUACAGCUUGGUGGGAUAUUGGGAAAUCACAUGUGAAAAGGGUCAAUGGUCGAAUGAUCCUCCCGUAUGUAGAGUGAGCAAGUGCCCGGUACUCAACAUACCAGACCAUGUAGUCACGGAGAGUGUCCACUUCAGCGACGGGAGGAACAUUGGAGAUGAGAGGAUCUUCAACUGUGUAGAGGGUUACGUUCUACAAGGUGAUACCAACAACCUGCGAUGCUUGGAGAGUGGGGUGUGGUCGGCUCCCUUACCCACCUGUGAAGAUCCAGAUCCGCAGAUUCGUCUAAUUGGUGGACAAACCGCCUUAGAAGGUCGCGUUGAGGUGUUUUUUGAUGGUUCUUGGGGAACAGUUUGUGAUGAUUUUUGGGACUUGAACGACGUCAGAGUUGUAUGCAGAAUGCUUGGCUUUCAGAUCGCAGUGAGAGCAGGCACGAACGCUGGAUACGGUGAAGGUUCUGGAAGCAUCAUUCUUGAUAAUGUCCAAUGCCUUGGGACAGAACGCAACCUCGCUGAAUGCUCCCACAUGGGAUAUGAGAAUCAUGAUUGUGGACAUAGCGAAGACGCUGGUGCUGUCUGCGCUUAUUUGAAAUACCUGUUUUUUACAUAAUGUGUAUACUUCCCAUUUGAGAUAUAAAAGGAACAUCGUCAAUUUGCACGCCUAGUAUCAUCAAUGAAUAUAAAUUAACAGCAAAUACCAAAAAAGAUAAAUACAUUCCCACAUAGCUGGUUCAUUCAUUUGAGUAAUUAAUUGACCAAUGGUACAUUGCGUAAUAUAGUUUUAACAUUUUGAAUUUCCGCCAACUCACUGCAAUAGGGAGUUUCGCAAACUCAUUGCAGACAGAGAAUCCGCGGUUCGUGUGCAAAAUCGAGAAGCUACUAAAGUAACAGCAGGGUGACCGCUGAGGUACUGAAAUCCAUAACGGGUU